AUGUUAUAUUUUAUAUUAAUUCCACAUAAUUUUUGUGUAUCUCGUGUUACGGAAAUUUCUGAGCCUACUCAAUCUAAUAGUCGAACUCGAUUUACAAGGUCCCUAAGCGCCACCUAUCCACCACCUUACUUUAGUUCAUCUGAACAUAUAACCCUCCCGGGGAAUACUUUCUACACUUGGUCAAGAUUUUGUCAGCAACCGAUUUCUGGGAGGCUUAGUGGGCAUCUAAACGAGUCUAAUGGACUUGUUGUAGGAAGUUCUGUACCUGCUGUAACCAAUGUCAAUGAUUCCACUCCUCUCAUCGUACCCAGUGCAAUUCGUCAACGUACACCACAUGAUGAUCAGUGUUCAUCAAGUAACGUGGUUCACAAUACAGCUUCCGCAGACACACGUCUACAUUUGGCGACAGGUGGUGAGUGUGUUAAUUCGUUACCAUUUCGUAAUGACACUCUCUCUGGUUCUUCAUCUGGUGUCAUUCUUCGUCCAACAACGCAAUCUUCUGGACCUAGGACUUCCGAUGCAUUUAAUCAUCGUCCAGUUCAUUCAGCUGUUCGUAAUAGAUGUACGUUAGUUCCCCGUCCCACACCACUGUCAAAAGGAUGCACCCAACCAGCAACCAGUGUAUUGCUGAAUUCACAGCCACCAAUGGUAAACACUUGUUCCCAACAUUUAGGAAGUAAUAUACGAAAUCCAGUUGUAUCUACAGUCGAUCCGAACAGAUUGUCAAUCUCUUCAGCCGCCAACAGGAUUAAUGAACAAAUUUUGAAUCCUCCUCCUCCUAUGGAUGAAAAUGUCCUAUGGGGUCGUGUCACUCGAAACUCAUCGGGAGAUUUAAGAUUUCCUGGUAUAAAUCGCACUUUUAAAAGUGUUUCUUCAGUCUUGAGACAAAUUUAUCAAACGGCUACAGCUGAAGACAGUUUGUCUUUACAGGUUACGGAAAUUUCUGAGCCUACUCAAUCUAAUAGUCGAACUCGAUUUACAAGGUCCCUAAGCGCCACCUAUCCACCACCUUACUUUACUUCAUCUGAACAUAUAACCCUCCCGGGGAAUACUUUCUACACUUGGUCAAGAUUUUGUCAGCAACCGAUUUCUGGGAGGCUUAGUGGGCAUCUAAACGAGUCUAAUGGACUUGUUGUAGGAAGUUCUGUACCUGCUGUAACCAAUGUCAAUGAUUCCACUCCUCUCAUCGUACCCAGUGCAAUUCGUCAACGUACACCACAUGAUGUUACGGAAAUUUCUGAGCCUACUCAAUCUAAUAGUCGAACUCGAUUUACAAGGUCCCUAAGCGCCACCUAUCCACCACCUUACUUUAGUUCAUCUGAACAUAUAACCCUCCCGGGGAAUACUUUCUACACUUGGUCAAGAUUUUGUCAGCAACCGAUUUCUGGGAGGCUUAGUGGGCAUCUAAACGAGUCUAAUGGACUUGUUGUAGGAAGUUCUGUACCUGCUGUAACCAAUGUCAAUGAUUCCACUCCUCUCAUCGUACCCAGUGCAAUUCGUCAACGUACACCACAUGAUGAUCAGUGUUCAUCAAGUAACGUGGUUCACAAUACAGCUUCCGCAGACACACGUCUACAUUUGGCGACAGGUGGUGAGUGUGUUAAUUCGUUACCAUUUCGUAAUGACACUCUCUCUGGUUCUUCAUCUGGUGUCAUUCUUCGUCCAACAACGCAAUCUUCUGGACCUAGGACUUCCGAUGCAUUUAAUCAUCGUCCAGUUCAUUCAGCUGUUCGUAAUAGAUGUACGUUAGUUCCCCGUCCCACACCACUGUCAAAAGGAUGCACCCAACCAGCAACCAGUGUAUUGCUGAAUUCACAGCCACCAAUGGUAAACACUUGUUCCCAACAUUUAGGAAGUAAUAUACGAAAUCCAGUUGUAUCUACAGUCGAUCCGAACAGAUUGUCAAUCUCUUCAGCCGCCAACAGGAUUAAUGAACAAAUUUUGAAUCCUCCUCCUCCUAUGGAUGAAAAUGUCCUAUGGGGUCGUGUCACUCGAAACUCAUCGGGAGAUUUAAGAUUUCCUGGUAUAAAUCGCACUUUUAAAAGUGUUUCUUCAGUCUUGAGACAAAUUUAUCAAACGGCUACAGCUGAAGACAGUUUGUCUUUACAGUUACCGUCAUCCGCGAUUCAAUGUGAAAAUGAGGCAAAUAUUCGUUUAGAAAACUCACUACCCAAUUCGCUACUUAAUUCGACUUCAAGAAAAUCUUCAACUCCAUCAUCAUCAUUAUCGCAACAACAACAACAACCAUUCGGUGUGUUACGUUGUCUCUUAUGCAAAUUUAAAACAAAUGAUAAACAAAGGCUUAAAAUGCAUCUUGUGGGUAGUGGUCGAACUGUAGUCAAUACAAAAUGUGGCCUAUGUGGUCAGCUAUUAAGUAUAGAACAACCAAAUUUAUGUUUGAUUAAGGCUCAUAUACUGUUACACUUGGGAUGUCAUAUAAUGUGUCCUCAGUGUGGAUUUACGAAACAAUUACAAUCUAUUGUUGGUAUAAGUAUCGAUAAUAGUCAGCAGCAGCAGCAGCAGAGUACAAGUUUCACCAUUGAAACAUCUUCAUUUGAAGAAUUAACAAAUCAUAUGAAAGUUAUUCAUGGUGCUAAUACGCCACCUGGUGCUAUGAAUUCUUCGACUUCUACUGUUCAUCCAAUUUCUGGAUUUUAA